CUCUGGAUGGCUAGACGCGCCCAAUUUGGGUAUUAUUUUGAACGCGGCUCGUAAGACGACCCGGAAGCGGAAAUCGAAGAACGUUCUAGUAGCUUGAGGUAUCGGCGGGAGCGGCCGAGUGGCGCGAGCAGCCGUUACCAGAGCCGGAGCUGCCGGUUAAACUUGAUCAAGAUGACAACCUCCCAAAAGCACCGAGACUUCGUGGCAGAGCCCAUGGGGGAAAAGCCAGUGGGGAGCCUGGCCGGGAUUGGUGAAGUCCUGGGCAAGAAGUUGGAGGAAAGGGGCUUUGAUAAGGCUUAUGUGGUUCUUGGCCAGUUUCUGGUGCUAAAGAAAGAUGAAGACCUCUUCCGAGAAUGGCUGAAAGACACAUGUGGUGCUAAUGCCAAGCAGUCCCGGGACUGCUUUGGGUGCCUUCGAGAAUGGUGUGAUGCCUUCUUGUAGUGCACUCUGGGGACUCCUCAGUCCCCCCAGCCACAGAAUCUAGUUUCCAGAGUCGGCAGCUGGGUGGGGCUCCUCCCUGUCCCCAUGAAGGAAAAGAUUGCUGUUGUCACGUCACCUCCUGUGUACUCCAGGGUCUUUUGGGAGUUCUCUUCCCCACAGCCUUUCAUCCGUUUUGGAAUUCUUGCCCCUGCAUGCCUUGCCUCUCCUCCCCCUGCAGGUCGAUGGCAACAGCUACCAGCUUUCCUGAAUGGAUUUCUGGUCCCUUUCUCACUCCCUUCACCAUCUGUUGGAUGCCCUUUGGCUCCCCCCCCUUUUUUUGGCAAAAAUAGUCACUCUCCUUAUAAAUAUUUCUAGAUUAAUAAAGUCAGUGGCCUUCCUA